GUACGGGCGAGCUAGCGUCGUUACGUCAAAAAGGACGUAGAAUGACGUUCGGAAUAUCAGCGGUCUCACUGGAUGCUUGUUGUUUGAGGCAGGGCUGCAGUCAACGGCAGGUAGGAUGUUGAGGCUUCGCUGUAAGACCAAAAAUGGGAGCCACAUAAUGCAGGGCUUGACUCACCAGUCCUGUGUCCAAGAGCUGAAGAGUAAGGUGGAGGAGCUGACUGGUAUCCCCUGUGAUGUGCAGAAAAUUAUGGUUGGUUACCCACCCUCCAGCCUUGAUCUUCGAAAUGGAGAUGCUCACCUCAAGGAUUAUCCCAUCAAAUCAGGAGACACACUCAUUGUUGAGGAAGAAAAAAACAAGCCAAAACCUCAGGAUCAUCCCACUGUGACUAAAGCACCACGCCUGGAAGCCUCACCUGUGCUGGCACGUCGAGUGGUCCCAGCUGACAACUCCUGCCUCUUCACCAGUGUGUAUUAUGUGGUGGAAGGUGGUGUAUAUGACCCCGCUUGCGCUCCUGAGAUGCGAGGCCUCAUAGCCCAGAUUGUUUCAAGUGACCCUGCAGCUUACUGUGAAGCGGUGCUGGGAAAGACCAACGAGGAGUACUGCACCUGGAUAAGACGUGACGACACCUGGGGAGGGGCCAUCGAGGUGUCCAUCCUGUCCAAAUUUUACCAAUGUGAGAUCUGUGUGGUGGACACUCAGACGGUCCGAGUAGACCGAUUUGGGGAGGACGCUGGCUACCACAAACGUGUGCUGCUCAUCUACGACGGCAUCCACUACGACCCUCUGCAGAAAGAAACCCCCGGCUCUGACGCCCCACCCCAGACUAUCUUCUCCACCACCGAUGACGUAAUCCUGGCCCAGGCACUCGAGCUGGCAGACGAGGCCCGCCGCAAGCGGCAGUUCACGGACGUAAACCGCUUUGCAUUGCGCUGCAUGGUGUGCCAAACAGGCCUGGUGGGACAAAAGGAAGCUCGUGAGCAUGCCAAGGAGACAGGCCACACCAAUUUUGGGGAAGUGUGAACAUUGUCUUGUCUUUUUUCCCCUCUCACAAAUACAACCACUACCAAACCCGUGCCCCGUGUCUGGCAUAUCUGUCAGCCUGUUUGUCUGUCUGCUUGUGUGACCCUCUACCUCACAUUGUCCAGCGACAUCUAUGGAGAAUCUGCAGACACUGUGUUCAGCCUCUAACCUGUUCAGUAUUACUUUUUAACUGCUGUCAGUUCUCAACGUCAGAAACGCUACUGCAGCGCUCCGAUGUCGUUAAACCAUCACGUUAGUCUUUUAGGGAUGGUUUCAGAUCUGUUUAACUGGGUCCAAGAAAAUAUGCAAACAAUUCUUGGGAUUUGUUUUAAAUCUGUUUGGAUUACUCGACGGCCGGGUUGUUCUGAGAUGAACCAAGCUGUGGCUGAUGUGUUGUCAAUUAGAAAAUACACCAACUUGCCAAUACUUACCGGUGACUGACUGAAUUAAUAUAUGUGUAAAACCUCAUUAUCUGGCUCUACAAAAAGUUUAAAACAACCACUAAGAAUUAUUUGUACUAUGAUGGGAUCUUACUCACAGUUGUCUUAAGAUCAGCACACUAAGUUUGACUGUUAUUCAUCAUGUCAGUUAUGUAGCAUGUUUUUUACUUUACCUGUGGACAGAGGUUUGUCAGACGCUCUUCCAAUACUUAAAACCGAUAGUUUGGUUGACUUUAGAUGUCUGAAUUGUUCAGCACAGUCAGGCUGUGUUAAUGCAAAGCUGGAAUCAUCUCCAUACAAAUGUGCUAUUUGCGACAUUGCCUUGAAUUUUGUGAGCAGUGGUCAGUGAGAUUGAGGUUAUGCAUUUUGAAAAAUCGUUUAUCACUGAGCUUCUUUUAGAUUAAAACAAUACAUUUAAAAAAUAAUAAUAGUGGUUAAAACAAAACAUUUUACAAAAUGCUUAGCACUUUGUUUUUCUCCAUUGGUACGGCAGGUUUUCAGGAGUGUAAUUUUUAAUUCUAGUGUGUAAUUUUCAGAUGCCAUGCUGUAAGAACUAAUCUUUUUAAAAACAAGGUUUUUUUUUUUGUUUUGUUAUGUUUUUCUUUUUAUUGCUGCAUAUUUUGAAAAACACUUAAGCGGUCAUGAAGUGCUUGAGCAUUGUAUUUCAGAACACAAAUCAUGGUGAGAGGGUGGAGUAUUGACUAGAAAUCUGAAACGACUGAGUGCAAGUCGUGCUGCGUGAGAGAAAUCCUGCUCACUAAAUGCAUUUACUGUUCAGGUACAGUCCGUACAUUAUGUGCUUUGCUAAUCAACAUUAAUUAAACGCUAACCUUUUACCUUUUCAAUUCGAAUUUUUCAUCUCACACUUGCAGCUCAAGAGCAACUCUAGUCAGGGUGUUUGAGAACUGCGAGUAAAGGGAUUUGAUUUACUUUGUAGUGCUUGUCCAAAAAUUGCCAACCUUGUUCCACUGUAUGUUUUGCACAAUUGGAGGAUGUUCUCACACUUUCAGCUAAAGUCAGGCAUUGUCUCUUUGCUUAUUCCUUUAAUACUCACUGCCUAUAGGGAUGAAGCAUGCACUUGUUUAUGUUAAACAUCAGGUCAGAAAUGCUUAAUUGGAAGAGGCCAUCAAGAUAUUUGUGGGAUUAGUUUUUUCCUUGAAGCUCAGUUUAUUAUGCAGAACCAGUAUUUCUAUUCCACAUAUCUCGGAUGGAGAAUACUGGUACUGAGUUGUUGCCCAAAAAAAGGGUCUGACAAUGGAGGACUUGAUUGGGACUUUCUUUGAGAAUUUGUCUUGGUUCAGAGUCUGAGACGGUGUUAGGAAUAAACAAAAGGCAAAGCGAAAAUGUCAGAUUACUUCUUUAUUUAAAUGUGAAUUACUAUGAAACCCCCCCAUCUGUUACCUUAGGUAGUUUAUUUUAUUUUGGCAGUAAUAACGGAUUCAUCAGCUGGCAUACAAGUGAAACUAUGAAAUGGCUUUGUUGUAUUUUGUAUCAACUGAGUUCUUAUGACUCUUCAUGGACAGUAACAAUGAAUGUUGCACACAGAGCACUACAGAACAACUGGAUUUACUUGAUUUUUUUCAGUGUUGUGUCACAAUUAAAAGUUAUAGCCAAUG